AACCCAGCUUACGAAGGAAGUUUAAACAAAAUAUCAAAAUGGAGGAUUACCAUGUGACUGCUUGAUGUGUUUAUUUCAGUAUGGAAAACAGGUUUGUGUAAUCUCGAUAUCUCGAUGCCAAGUAGUUAACACUGCUGGAAAAAAAAUCGAAAUAAGCGACCGAAUUGUUGUUCUUUUCGGAAACGUGUUGUGUUGUCAGAUGUGUCCAACACAUCAUCAACAUCAUCAUUAUCAGACUGGUUUGUCAUUGAUGACAACAGUGAAUAAGUGGGAAUAUGGUGUUAUUGACUGUAGUUAACAUUGGAGACAAGUAUGUGGAACCCCUAUUUGAGAAGUAAAGAACAAAUACAGUCGAUAAACAUUUUAUCGCAUAUGGCUCGAACAAAAGAAAUGUUCUGCUCUACUGCAUGAGUAUAUGUGAUACAGAAAAGAGGUCAACUUCCUGGUUGGCCGCUUGUCUUAGCCGUCUCUGUAUUAAAGACUUUGGCGUGAAGUUCCAGUGUUUGCCGUUUUUGGUUGCAAUUCUUUUUGGUUUCACCUCCUGUUUUGAGAGAAGACUUGUUGCAACCGAUGAUGAGAAAAUCAUCAAAAUACCAGGCCUCAUCGGAAUGAAUCUAGCGAGCCCUGUACUUGAAAACUGGAAUAUCACAGCAGAAGAUAGCAACAAUAUAGUUGAACUUCAGAUAGACAUGAACAUUCAGAUAUGUGAAACAUGCAGUUGUGAUAGAUUAUUCAUAUACGAAGGUGGGACACUGCUCGAACGAUUUUGUGGAGAAACCAACAGACAAGUUUUGAGCUCUGGCCGGAGCUUAUUCGUGGUGCUCUUGAGUGUUAAUGAAAAUACUCAUUAUGGAUCCAAACUGACAUAUAAACAAGUUUCGAAAAUACCAAAUGUACCUGUCGUACAUGAAGUUCCCGUGUUGAUCCCUGGCAUAAGUUCUGCAGCUUUUCUUAUCAUAUGCCUGUCAAUAAUCUACUGUAUAUGUAAGCGGGAGAGAAACAAGACAUCUCGCCAUACAAACUAUCAACAUAAUAAUCAACCAGAUGUUUGGACGACGCCUGUGUCACAAGAUACUGAGCAGUUUGAUCUUCCGCCGUCAUAUGAAGAGGUUUGCCAGAAUCCAGAAGCUUUCGGAAUGCAAGAUCUGCACAGUUGAUGUUCACUGUCAGUAAUGACGUACGUUUAAUGAGCAGGAUCUUCAGCGUCGCCAAAGCAUCAAAAGAUGUUGUUGUUAAUUGACGUGUUUACUUCUCGUUUGUUGUGUGUUACAAGGUGAUCCUAUCCAUAUUUUAUUUGAUACCAAAGUGCGCAACCAAAUAUGUCAAUAAGUCACUUAUUGAUACAUUUUAUAUUUAAUGUUUGUUGUGCAGUUAUAUAGGCAACCCAAAAUAAUAUGUAUGCAUAAUUGGAAUCAAUAUAUCAAUAUAUGUUUUCAUAUUUAAUGUGCAGUGUGCGAUUUUUUCACUAGCUGGCAUACUGUGUCAAAUAGAAAUAGCUAAGAACUGUUAGGAAGAAUUCAAAUUCAAAGUUGAUUAAAGCACACAAUUAUAAGUAUAAAAAUAAGCUGUAUUUUUUAGAAGUUAUUUGAUUUUUUGGGGAGAUAAUCUUUAAUGUAUAUAGUAGGAUAAUUGUUUGGGGGAUUUUAAAGGCUGCAUCUGCCGGGGAAUUGAGUAAGACGAGAUCAUUCAUACCACUGCAUUUUUAGUAAAUAUGUUUUCUUCUUCUAAAUUUGUCAUUGUUAAAUCAAUUACAUACACAUAAUGUAUGUGAAAGUGUGGUGAAAGAGUUUGAUAGUGAAUGAGGAACGUACUAACAAGGCUGUUAUAUAUACACAUUUUGUAUGUUAAUAAUUAAAUUAUUUAACCUUAA